UCUGAAUCUCUCCCACCUCACUCAUCCCUCCCCCUUGAGCUCUCUCUCUCUCUCUGCUCAUCCCCAACCAAUUCCUCCUCCACUUCCCAAGUCCCAGCGAGAACCACUGGUCGCGGACGGCGACGGCGCGCCGAGCAGCUGCCGGCCUCCUCCCCUUCCUUCCCCAGCCGGCCGGUUCUCCCACGAGCUCCAGUCCGCCACCACCCAGCAAAAUCCGUCACCAGGCAAGCCGUGCUCAUACGAGAGAGCGGCGGCGAAGAACCCGCUUCCGCUUCGUGAGGCUUCGAUGGCCACGAGGGCUUUGAGGGAGGUGGUGGUGAGGAGGAGGGUCGGAGCGGCGGGGAUUGGAGGGGGCAGGCGCUUCUCCGACAGCGCCGCCGCCGCUGCUGCUGCUCCGGUGGGGGCGGCGGAUAGGGGAGACGGGGGAGGGGGGAAGGCGGUGAACCUCUUCACCGCCGUCAACCAGGCGCUCCACAUCGCGCUCGACACCGAUCCGCGCUCUUAUGUCUUUGGAGAGGAUGUGGGUUUCGGCGGUGUCUUCCGCUGUACAACAGGGCUAGCCGAACGAUUUGGGAAACAAAGAGUAUUCAAUACACCAUUGUGUGAACAGGGUAUUGCCGGAUUCGCUAUUGGCUUAGCAGCAAUGGGGAACAGAGCUAUUGCCGAAAUCCAGUUUGCAGAUUAUAUCUUUCCAGCAUUUGAUCAGAUCGUCAAUGAAGCAGCUAAAUUCAGGUACCGAAGUGGAAAUGAAUUUAACUGUGGAGGUUUAACAAUUCGAUCUCCAUAUGGUGCUGUUGGGCAUGGUGGUCACUACCAUUCACAGUCACCAGAGGCUUUCUUCUGCCAUGUUCCUGGCCUGAAGGUUGUCAUACCUCGGAGUCCACGUGAGGCCAAGGGACUGUUACUGGCCAGCAUUCGUGACCCAAACCCAGUCAUCUUUUUCGAGCCAAAGUGGUUGUACCGUUUGUCUGUUGAAGAAGUUCCUGAGGGGGACUAUAUGCUGCCUUUAUCCCAGGCAGAAGUGAUCCGCAAAGGAAGUGAUAUAACACUUAUUGGUUGGGGAGCUCAACUUGCGGUGCUGGAACAAGCAUGUGAAGAUGCUUCAAAGGACGGAAUUUCUUGCGAGCUCAUAGAUCUAAGAACACUAAUUCCAUGGGACAAGGAAACAGUCGAGGCCUCUGUCAGCAAGACUGGAAAGCUUCUUAUUAGUCAUGAGGCCCCGAUCACCGGAGGGUUUGGUGCGGAAAUCGCCGCAUCCAUUGCUGAGCGCUGCUUCCAGAGGUUAGAAGCGCCUGUCGCGAGGGUCUGCGGCCUCGACACCCCUUUCCCUCUUGUUUAUGAACCAUUCUACAUGCCCACAAAGAACAAGAUUCUGGAUGCUAUUAAAGCAACUGUAAAUUACUGAGGUUGGUGCAGGAGAGCAGCAAGCUGGUAUAUAUUGCUGUAUGUAGAAACUGCCAUUAUGUAUUUAUGUGUAUAAGUGACUAUAUAUUGCUGGUCCGUGGCGUAAAUGCACAUCCACGCACAAGUUUAUCCGAGACUACACCAAUAAAAUUGCAAAUAUUCUGCAA